AUGAUAACGGCGUACAGACGAGACGGAACAACAAUCGCAGCUGCGUCGGUGGUGGCCUCGACACUGACGGCGACCGCAGCGGUGCCCAUGGACUACCAUGCGAUCCAUGGCCAUGAUGUGGCCAACUUCAGCACGCCAUUGACUCAUCGAGUUUUGACCGUGUCGGCUGCCGAGGCCGAGGCCGCUCUGCUGAGCCCGUCGCCGGCGUCGCCAACUGCGUCUGAGACUGCACCGUCAUCCUUGCGUUUCGUUGUCAGCACGGGCGUCGCGACGUUGGAUGCCAUCCUGGCCGGCAUCGAUCAGCCAACCCAGACUGGUGGAGACAAGCCACACAGCGACGAGCCAACCAAGGGGGCCGAAGCAGAUGGAGACGCCACACAGCGACAGGCGAGCCCGGAUACAGCAACGACAGGAAGGAACGCAGCAGUAGGUACCACGGGAGGCGUCCGCCGCGGUCAACUGACGGAAAUAUGGGGGCCACCCGGUGUGGGAAAGACAGCCUUUGGACUUUCUUUGUACACACAGUCCGAGGGGGUUGACAGUGCACGUACAGGAUACAGCUCGCAGCAAAUGCACUGCGCCAAGGUGGUAGUAGUGUCUGGAUCGAGUCUCUGCUACGACCGACUUGGCGAUGUCUACGACAGCCGAUGUAGCGGGUUCGACGGUGCCAAAGGCCUGGAAGAUGGUUUUGUGCAUUAUGUCUGCCCGAGUUUACCACACUUCAUUGCGAUGCUGUGUCCCCAACCACCAGCGCAACCGCCAUGCAUUCCGGCGGACACGACGCUGCUCGUCAUCGACAGCUUGUCUGCUCUCGUCAACUCGGCACUUCCAAGGGCAGUUGAGGGGAAGGGACCACCGCUUAUGGCAAAUGGGAAGAAAGCCCCCAGUCCGUACGACAAACGGGCACAGGUACUCCAGUGCGUGGCGGCGGCACUGGAACGGCUCGCCGAGACACGCAACAUUGCCGUUGUUGUUCUCACCCAGUGUGCCAGUCGCGUACAGACGGAGCGCGGUGCCGCACUCGCCCCGGCCCUUAAUGGUGUGGCCUGGGACCGCGGCAUCACAACGCGUCUGGUCUUGUUUCGGGACUGGGCCUGGAAAGACAACCGGCCUGUUGGUGGGCGCUUUGCCGGGGUCCAGAAGCUCAACGGAUACGAGAGCGACACGGGUAUCGACAGCAUAGUCGCAUUUGAUGUUACAGAGGUCGGCCUCAUUGAGGAACACUACACAGCCGUCCCGCCACGGUCGUCCAUCUACAAACGGAAACUCGGAGAGACGGAGCUUGUCCCUCGGGGCGGUGAUGACGAUGACUAUGGCUGGGACGACGAGGACGAGGAUAACCUGCCCAGCAUGCCACCGCAGUGGCAGGGCAGUGAGGACAUUCUCCUUGGUCAUCGGCGUUACGAUGAUGAUGGGGAAGAGGCAGAUGAGGACGAAGAUGAGGAAGCCGACAAGGAUGAUGCUGGCGGUACGGAGACCGCUGCUAUUGAAGGGGGCAGGCCAGAAUCGAAGGACGGUACAAGCCCGCGAAUACAGUUGGCCGGGACAAUAAGGACACCUCGGAGCAUCGCAGACAGUGAAGACGAUUCCGAUUUCUAA